CGCCUUCUGCUCACCGCACCUAACAAGUAGUAGUUGCUGACACCCUAACGUCACAUCGCCACUCAUUUUAGCAAGUUAUCUUUCGUACUUGUUCCAUCGGGACUUCGACUGCGUCAUAUCCCAUCUGUAGCGCGUCUCUGCUGUUGUUGUAGGUUUAGGUUUGGCAGUAUGGUGGUGCCUCACGAUGUUCGUUAAAACGAGUGUCUUGGAAGAUAGGGGAGAGAAGAGACGUUUCUUUCAGCUUUCCUAUGGCAAACUUGGCCUGUCCAGUUUAUCUGGUGCGCAGUAUUGAGACCGCUCGGUUUGACCGAUAUGUGAGGCAGCAGAGAGGUCGGCCAUCUUAGGGUGGGAAAAUACUUAGGCUUAUAAGUGAAAGGGACGACCGAAAGGCACCAGAACGAGUUAGGUCUAACAAGCGAGGUUCGUUGCGUGGGUGGUAGUAACAUCUGCUUCUGUAGCGGCGACCGGGCGAGUUAGGGUUAACCCACGUCAGGCGGAGAAGUGGUUGCCUUCGAGAACAUUCUAAGAGCAGAGUGGAUGAUUUAUCCGCAUAAGCAGUCUCGACUUUGACAAUAGCAACACAGCCAAUUCCGCUUCUAUUGGUAGUUUUCUCGCCAUCGGUGCCACCGCCUGAGGCCGUUCCGGUUCGGUAGCUUCGGUUUGUGCUCUAUCGUCCCACCAUGGACGUCCCUAGAUCGAUGUCGUCCGAACCGACUCGUUCGCGGCAUGUUGCGGACGAGGAUAGCGACCAGAUGGAGAUGGACGGGGAGGUCAGCGCGUCCAAAUUUAGAAAAGACCUCCUAAAGUGGAAGAAGAACCGGAGCAAUCUAGGAAUCGGGGGAAGUGCCAAGGAGCACGGGUCCGAGAGCAUGGUAGGAGCGGGAGGCGCCGGCGCGAACCUUAGUUUCGGCGACGAGGGGUUUUCGUGGAAGACAUGGCGGCUGUCGCGGCAGCUGGGGUUCACUUCGCAGGACGUGAACACGGUGAAGGAGUUUCUCAAGCACCGCGACGCGUGGAGCACUCUGGAGGACAGCCCGUCCAACCGCUUCUACGUGUUCGAGUACAUGCAGAACGUCCGCGCCAACCAUCCCAAUAUCCUCAAGGAAUUCCGCGAGGCGUUGUUCACGCACAAUCUCACGGAGGACGAUCUAAACCAGGAGAAGCGCGAGACGCUGCAGCUGCUCGCGCUCAUGUUCUGCGACAAGGAGGGGCUGUGGCGCCUGCGCAAGCAGCAACUGCUGGAGAUUAUAGUCUCCUCCAAAUCCUGGAUUGACCGACACGGUGGCGGGGGAGGGGGCGGGGGGGGAUCAGAAGGGGGUUCUGGUGGUGGUGGUGGCGGUGGUGGGGGUGAGUCUCGAUCCUCGUCGUCUUCGCCGUUUAGCCGGGUGGCCUCGCGGAAGGCGCCGGGGGGGAUCAACAGCGCGGAAGAGGGGGCGGCGGCGGCGGCGGCGCACCGUUUUGCGCGCGUGAACUCGCGGCAGGCGGCUGGCGGGCUCAACAGCGCGGACGGCGGCGGGCACGGCGCGAAUUUCGCCCGCGUGAGCUCGAGAAAAGCGACGGGGGGGAUUAACUCUAUUGAGGAGGAGCAGCGGCAUGCGGCGGCGUUUGCGCGCGUGAACUCGCGGCAGGCCGCUGGGGGGCUCAACAGCGCGGACGGCGGCGGCGGCGGGCACCCGCCGAGCUUCUCCCGCGUGAUAUCGAAGAAGGCGCCCGGCGGGCUGAAUAGCGCGGACGAGGACCGCCACACGGCGGCGUUUGCGCGCGUGAACUCGCGGCAGGCGGCGGGGGGGGUGAGCAGCGCGGAUGGAGGGGGAGGCGGAGGGGGGUCGCACCACACGUCCCCAUUCGGGAGAGUGAAUUCGAGAAAAGCGGCGGGGGGAGUGAACAGCUCGGAGGACGAGCAGCGGCAUAGAGAGGAGCGGGAGAGACAUAAGGAGGAGCGCGAGAGGAUGAGAGAAGAGCGACACACGACGGCGUUUGGGCGGGUGAACUCUAAGAAGGCAGCCGGGGGAGUCAAUAGCGCGGACGGGGAAGGGGGGCAUGGGCACGGGGAGAGGGCGGAAAGGGGGUUCGGGCGGGUUAACUCGAGGCAGGCGGCGGGGGGAGUGAACAGCGCGGAUGGGGAAGGGGGCCAUGGGGAGAGAGAACGAGAGCGGUCGUAUGGGCGGGUGAACUCCCGGCAGGCGGCUGGGGGAGUGAACAGCGCGGACGGGGACGGGGCGGGGCACGGGGAACGGGGAGAGCGGGCGGAGAGGGCAUUUGCGCGCAUAAACUCGCGGCAGGCGGGGGGGGGAGUGAACAGCGCGGACUCGGGGAGCGAGCAGCGCAGCAGCCGCGAGCGCGCUUAUAACAGAGUCAACUCGAAACAAGCCGCGGGCGGAGUAAACAGCGCCUCUACUUCCGCCCACGGAGGCGCGGGAGGGGGAGGGGGGGCGGGAGCGGAUGGAGGGCCCGGGGACGUGUACAACAACCAGAGCUCGAGCUUCCUGGAGCGAGAUAAAGAGCUGCUCCGCGCGUUUCUGUCGAACCCGCAGCAGUGGGACUCGCUGCUGGCGCGCACGCCCAUGCACGCGCGGUUCCUGGCGACGGUGCGAGAGCUGCGCGAGGCACAGCGCGACGAGCUGCGACGCAUGCGCGACGUGAUCAUGGGGCAGAAGCAGGCGCUGGACGUGGAGGACAUCCACGGGCUGGGGCUGGGCGUGCUGCAGGUGCUUGCCUCUGUCCUAUGUGACUCUAUCAAGGUCACUUCCACCAGCAGAGAAGACCUCGUUACAGUGUGCCUCGCUAUGGGCCCAUGGCACCCCACAGCUGGAGACGAUAUGGAGGACCACCAUUCAGGAGGCGCCACUGGUUCGGGCGGCAUGGGCGGCAUGGGUGUUGCAGCAGGGGGCCCUGUGCGGGACGCAGCAACUCUAAGGCAGGAAGCAGCGCAUGCAGCAGCAAUGGCAGCAAAGCAGAUCGAGGAAGAGGAGGAAGAAGCAGCAGCAGCUGCUGCUGCCGCCGCAGCAUCCGCAUCCACAUCAGCAGCAGCAGCGUCGUCAGCUCCCGGGGGGGGAAUACCACGAGCAGGGGGGAAGGAGCGGGUGAGCAGGCGGCGAUCGGUGGAGUCGGCGCGAGAGAGCGGAGGGGGGGAGGACAGCCCCGGGAGUGAAUCCGAGCGGUCUGAGGCGAGCUUUAUGAGUGUGGAGAGCGGGAGGCAAUCGAGCAGCGGGGGCAAGCGGUCGUCACGGAAAGGCGCGUUGUCUUCAAAGCAGAAAAAGGAGCUUGAGAAGCUCAAGAUGGAUGUGCAAGUUAUGGAAGAGAAGAGCCGCAUGAGGGGGGAAGGCGCUGGGGGAGAGUAUGGGGGCGAAGGGGGAGGAGCAGCGGCAGGGGCGGCGGAUAUGGAUACGAUCUGGGCGAAUCUGAAUCUGGGCAAGACAAAUGACGACCCGAUGCAGAAGCAGCGGCCGUCGACGGGGGUCCCGACGCGGCGGUCCCGUGGGCUGGAGUUUGUCAAGUCGAACAGCGAUCACCUGGACGUGCGGAGCCCUGGGUCGACAGCAUCUCUGAGCUUCCGAGAUGAGGAGGGGGGUGAUGGGGAGAAGAAGAAGAGUAGCAAGGAGAAGAAAGAGAAGAAGGAGAAGAAGGAGAAGAGCAAGAGGCGGUCGUCGGCUGUAGAUUCUGCCUCAGGGCAGGACAUGAGUGAGGGGGAGAUGUCCAGCACUAGUAGAAGCUCCAGGGCCAGUGCGAAGCCGCGGCGGUCGCGGCAGCACCACCAGCCAGCGCAGGUGCUAGAGGAAGGCGGGGAGAGCGGCAGCAUGGGGUCCGACUCCCACCUGCCCCCUCUCGCCCCAAACCACGCGGGAGGGUCGGCGCUGGGAAGGCUGUCCGUGGGAUCGUCGGAGCUGGGAACGAACGACCUGUCCCUGGUCGAGUCUGGGUCUGGGAGCAUGGUGGAGGGGUCGUUGGGAGAGGAGCAGGAUGAGGAAUUGGAGGAGGUGAUGAGGCUUGAGCAGGAGGCCCUACUGCGUUUCUCCCAGGGCACGCGGCAGCUGGAGAAGCAGAUUAAGGAGGAUCGGAAGCAGGCGGACGCGGCUGCGACACGCUUGAAUGCAGCUAAGGAGAAGCUAGCGGCGGCGCAGAGAGCCGUAGAGGAGGAGGAGAGGAAGGUGGCUGAGGCGGAUGAGAGAUUCAAGGGGUCGGUGAUGGCGAUGGAGGACGGGAAGGAGCUUAUGGAGGAGGCGUGCCUGGUGGUGAAGAGCAAGGCUUCGGAGUGCCGGGCGGCGUGGAAGAAACACCUGGACGUGACCAACCGGCUGACGUCGGCACUCCAGAUGGGCACGCCGGGCGCGAGGAAAUCCGCGAACCGGCAGCGGCAGGAGGACUUUGAGCUGGCUGCGAAGACGCACGAGGAGUUUGUGCGGCUGUAUGAGGAGUUAGAGGCGCUCUGCAAGCCGAGCCUCCAGCAGGCGAUCACAAGGCUGGCGAGCUGUGCUCUGAGAAUGGACGAUGCGGAUCUGGGAAUGGGCGGUGGCAUGGGGGGGGUGGUGGGGGGAGGGAGGGAUGGAGUGCGUCAAGGUGUGAGUGAGUGGUGGGGAGCAAGUGUGCUGAGUGAGUGGUGUGGGGAGCAAGUGUGCCGAGAGGGUGGAAGGCUGGACAGGAAGGAAGGGAGUGUGGUGAGGCGGUUUCAGUUGGGCUGAUAGAAGUAGGGGAGAAAAUGCCUCACUGGAAAAGCAGAAGCGCCCUUUUUGAAGGGGGUUAUAGGCGAUCAUAGAAGAAGGGAAGGGCUAGAAGGAGGUAAAAGGGUGAUGUACAUGGGAGGAGGCUGAAGGGAUGUGAUAGGGGACAGGGAAUAGGGGACAGGGGACAGGGAAUGAUCAGCUGAGAGAGCUGAGGUGAAGGGGGUGGAGGAGAGGAGGAGAGGAGUACGGCCCAGCGGAUCGGAUUGUGUGUGGCUGAGUCUGCAUGGUUGCAUGCAGGCAGGAGUGCUGGCAGAUGGAUGCUGGCAGGAUGGAUGCUGGUAGGCAGGCGGUGCCAGGUGAAAGGUGAACUUGGUGCAGCCCAGCAGGCUUGUCAAAGCAGCGCCUCAAAGCAAUCUCAAGUCGCCGCCCUACUGCUGCUGCUGCUGCUGCUGCUGCUGGUGUCGCUGCCGCUGCUACUGCUGUUAGUGGGAAGACCAGGGGCUGGAAGAUUGGGUUGACUGGCAUGUCUCAUCAGAUGUGCCCAGUGCUUCCGAUAGAGCAGGUGGACUGUUAGUGUUAGGUGGUACUAGUAUUUUCCAGGAUGCCUGUUUUCUUGUUGUCUGCUGCUGCUUGGUGCCCUUGGGAGGGACCUUCCCAAGUCUGUGGGGUGUGGCUGCUGCUGUCCUGGCUGGUUCUGGGGUCAGCUGCAUUUCCAGUGUCUGCAGGAGGACUUCAAGGGUUAGCUUGGGGGCAACAUCACCUGUUGCUAACCUCCCCCUCUCCUGCCCACCCCUCCCCCACCAGCCUGCCCUCUGUCUCGUUUUUUCUUGAUCUCUCGCCCCCUCUCCCUCCCACACUCUUCCCUCUAGCCUCAUCUUUCUUUUAUGUUCUACUACCCCACCUCCCGUCCUCCACUUUCACUCGUCCUCCCCCUUCCCUCGAGCCUUAGAUACAGUAGAGUAACCCCUCUGUUCUCUCCCUCGUUUCCUAAUGUGCGUCUGACAUUACUUUUUCCUUAAGGGUAGUUGCUUCCACAAGUUGGCUGACCGUCUGACUCUUGAUUAUUAUUAUGGAGGAUCUUGUUUAGGGAUGUUGACAGGCAUGUAUUGGGGGAAAUGGUAAUGUGGGAGCGCAUCUGAUGGCUAA